CCGCCGCCCUCCUCCCCCGCAUCUCAGCUCUUGAUUCGCCAUCCGCAAAUCCGCCGCACCCGCACACGCACCCGGAGGAGAAGGUAAGAGAAGGUAGGGGAAGACGAGAUGGAGGCGGCGGCGGCCAUGGACUUCAACGCGCUCUCGCGCCGCGAGCUCCAGGCGCUGUGCAAGCGCAACGGUGUCCGCGCUAACAUGACCAACGCCGCCAUGGCCGAGGCGCUCCAGGGCCUGACCUCGGUCGACGGGAUCGACGAGAUCGGCACGACGCUCUGCCUCCCGACGCCGGGGAGGUCGGCGAUGAAGUCGGCGGCGAUGAUGGCGGGGAUGGCUGGGGAGGAGCAGCACGGUAGCCCGCUCCCCCGAGGCCGCCGCGUGUCGGUGAAAUCGCCCGAGGCCAUCCGGAUGGAGGUCGAGGAGGGCGAGGACGAGAUGAAGCGGGAUCUGGUGAAGGAGAUCGUAAGGACCCCCGGAGUGGCGCUGCGCAGCACCAGCCGCCGCGCACGUGCCACGCCCGCGCCGCUCCCGACUCCGGUGCCGGCGUCCAGCGCUCGCGCGACUACGAGGAGGACCGCGGCGCGUAAGGAGGAGGAGGUGGCGCCGACCCCAGCCACCCUGCGGAGGAGCCAGAGGACGGCGGGUAGGAAGGCUGCGGCGCCGGUGGAGGUUAAACAACCCGCCGACGAUGUUUCCGCGGAAAAGAGGCCAACGAGGUCCGAGAUAUCUAAGAUGACGAUGGCUUUGGACCAAGAAGAGGAGGUGCAGCAAGAGGAACCGAAAGCUGUCGCCUCUGAUGUGAAAUGUGAGGACCCCGAUGAGGAUGAAGUUACCAAGCUCCUGGAAGGAGACAACAAAGAGGAGGAACCAGAGGAGGGCGAGGAAGCUGAUUCUUCUGAUGUGACCAUUGGGUCUGCAGUAGCUUCAGAUAAGAGCUGCGAUGAUACUAAGAUGGAGGAUAAGGCCACAAAGCCCCAGGAAGGAAUUGUAGAAGAAAAGGAACCGGCCAGUGUUCAGAAGCCUGCUUCCUUAGCAACCAUGGAGGAUUCACCAAUCCUAGGUGUUCUGUCCAAGGAUGAAGCCUCAGAACCAGUCAUUGAGAAGACACAAGAUGCCUCACUUGAAGAUGAUGAGGGCUGUGCUGAAUGGUCACCUGUGAUGGAGAUGGCUGAUGAGAUCAAUGAGGAGGCCAUCAAGGAAGAUGCUUGCACUACCACUGGUGAGACUGAUCAUUCCCCUGAGGAGAUUCUUCCCACUGCCGCAGAAGAUGAGACUAGCGAGGAAGACUGCCUCACUGAAGUAAAAGAAGGGGCUGCUGAUGAGAUGACGCAGGCUGAACUGGCAGGUGAUGAAACAAGUGAAGAAGAUGAGGAUGAUGACCUCGCUGAACUGAAAGGAGCUGUUGAUGAGAUGCGGCAUGCUGAAUUGGCAGACGAUAAAACAAGUGAAGAAGAUGAGGAAGAUGGCCUCGCUGAACUGAAAGGAGCUGUUGAUGAGAUGCGGCAGGCUGAACUGACAGAUGUCGAGGCCAUUGGAGAAGAUGAGGAAUGGGCUUCAGAUGAUGCUGAGUCCUCUGAGGAAAUUUACUCCACUGAGGAGAGUGAUGAAGAGGCUGAUGAGACCAGUGAUGAGGGUGACACCGCUGAUGUGGUCCAGAUGCUGCCGGGAACUGUGAUUGCUGAAGAGGCCAUUGAAGAUGCUUCUACUGAAGAUGAUGAUUUCAGCAGUGAACUACCACCAGAGUUUGACAAUGUAGUGUUCAGCGAUUCUGAUACUGAGAGUGACAUUGCUGCUCCGGUGCUCGAAGAAAACCAGGUUGUUGCAUCUGCAACCAAGACUGCUGUGAAGUCCCUGGAUGAUUCUGCCAUCACUGAAGAGCAGGAGGAAGAGGUUUCUGAAGAGGCUGAUGCUACUGGAAAAGCAAUGAAAGAGGUUGACAACAUUGUGAAGUCCCUGGUUGAAAUCACCAUCAAGGAGGGAGAAGCAAUGGAGGAAAUGCAGAAGCUGCCACAAGUUGAGAAUUAUGAAAGCAUGAGCUUGAGGAAGCUUAGAACCACGUACAAGGAGCGUGUUAUUGCUUCAAAGGAAGGGAAGGUGGUCGCUGAAGGGAAGAGGCUGCCGCUUGAGGAGGUGGAUGAGAACGCCAGCGCCGACUGCUGAACGGCACCAGGUGGAUGAACUGGAUUUGAAUGCCAUGGGAUUUGAAUAAAGGAAUGCUCUGGUUGUGAAGUGAUAACUAGGCUACCGUUCAUAUCCAAAAGUUUUCGUGUGUGGGGGAGGUGGUGAUCAGAUGCUGAAACUGUGGUUUCAGCCAACCAACUUGUAGUUCGUGUUGGUUCUAUCCUUUUUUUUUCUUCUUUGUUUUGUGGUCGUUUCAUUUCGGUUACAUGGUUUACCCGGUGGAUAUGGGAUUAUGUUUCAGUUGAAGUAUAGUUUGAAGGUCUUGAGUACCUCAAUUUUUGUCCAUGUUCUACUUAAUACUUAUCUGUAUUUUUUCUUAUGGUAUAAUAAUUUUAUAUGCAUUGGCUGUCUUGAUCGAA